AUGCCUACUGGUAGGAUUCAGUUUGCCGUUUCUACUCCUUGUAAUGCUAAGGGUAAACCAUCCGGAUAUAGGCUAUUUGAAUUUAAAAAUGAUCGACUAGCGCUAAUACCAUCAGAAAGAGGUUGCGCAAAAGUUGAUGUGAACGCGAAUAUACAGGCAUUUUGUUAUUUGAGGCCUAAUGGUAGAGGCACGUCAAUAUCUUCAGAUACAACCCAUAUUAUGGAUUCAUGUGAUUACAUGAUACUAGCAAAAUCUAACGGAUUCAUCGAAAUUAUAAGCAACUACCAAUACAAGAUAAAAAAUGGUCUGCGAUUAGCGCCCUCGUAUAUCCUUAGAUGCACCCCGGAAGAUUUCGAAACGAAUUUUUUUAGUGACUAUAUGAUUGCCGGUCUUGAAUAUAGCCAGGGGUUGUUAUACUGUUGCAUGUGCUCCGGUAGAAUAUACGUCUUUGUAAUGAACCUUCCAAAUGAUUACAGUCAGUUCAAAAACAUGUACAAUCCCAUAUUUCCAGAUUGCUUCUUCAAGGUAAAUAACGACACCAACAUAGGACAUUCUUCAGAAGAAGAAAAAUUAUUUGAGAGGAGUACGCGAUAUACUGGGAGAUCAUGCUCUAAACACAUCUGCUACUUUCUUUUACCCAUAGAACCAUCUCAUUUAAGAUCAUCCCCUGUAGUAUCUUCGUUUUGCAGUAUGUAUCAAGGUCUGCCCAUAUAUAGACCUUCGAUGUAUUUACAUAUAGAGCGAGGCAUUUCCACAUUUCAUAUAAACCCAUUAGACCGGUUUUGUUUCAUGACGGUAUCACCACGAUCGCCACUAUUUAUAAGGAAGAUAAUAUUGCCGUUGACUUAUGUUACAUUUUUGAGCACUUUCAUUAACCUGAAGGAUAAUAUACAGGGAGAGAAUCGUGACGAGGUGCUUUCGUGGGACAAAAUAGCGCAACAAAGCGGAUUUGGUUCUUUGUUCAGCUGGAUUAGCAACAAGUUCACGUUUGAUUCUGAUAUUAUAAAUUCUACCAUUUGGGAUGAUAUUGUGAAAUAUUCUGGAACAGGAAUGCUUGAUUCAGGAAUCGUAUGGAAGCAACGCCAAGGUCAUGCCAAGGAUGACAUAUACGAAUUAUUCCAUAAUCAAGAUAUGCUGGGCAGUAGUCGCCGAAAUUCUUCAUUUAGUGUUGCUAGCAACGAACCGAGACCAUUGAGCAGAAGAAGGAGAGAGUCUUUUCAAGGCUUAACCAGGGAUGCUUUCAGAGAGACAAUGGAUGUACCGUGCUCAACAAAAUGGGAAUUAGAUUCAUUUAUCAGAGGUUUGAGAAGAAACACGUUUAUGGUAGAUUUUGAAAUUGUAGAAAAGAUUCCACACGGAAACGGAAACGAUGGGAUGAAUGAGGAUGAUAACAAUGCGAAUGAAAGUGAUGAAACAAUGACUUCAUUUUUAACUGAUAACUAUAAGAAAAUGGAUAUUGUAUGCAUCGAUCAUUUUGUCACGUUAAGCGCAUUUCGGCCUAGAUAUUAUGAUGAACCAAUAAUAAAGAUUGACUCAUUAUCAAACAAAAAUGGGUCGGAUAAUUUGACUAAUGAAAAAGAAGGUUUGAAAAACGAUAUGGACGUUGAUGGACAAAUGUUAGAUGACGAGACUGCUCAAUUUCAACAGGCGCUAGGAGAUUUAUCCUCAUUCAAGAAACUAUUUAUGCUCGAUGACUCCUUAUGCUUUAUACUAGACACUCAUGGGGUUUUGUUAAUAAAUAGAUUUGAAAUUAAAAACACCAAGAAUUUGUUGAAGAAUUCCAAGGAUACAGUUCGAAUAAUACCACAUGAUUUCGGGUUAAUUAAUGACGCAAUUGUUGUAAUCAAUGAUAUAGGCAUGAAUACGAACAAUGUUUGCAGUCUCACGUUUCAUUUAGUGAUAACGUCGAUGGCAGGAGAGAUAGCUGUAUUCAAGGGCGAAUUUUUCAAUGACCUCAGAUUAGGAAGGAUGAGAUUGUGCGAUUCCCUAAAAUUAAACAGGAAAGACCGAUUUGUAGACAAACUUGCGUUGAUCGAUUAUGAUGGUCUUAGUGUGCAGAAGAGAAGGCUAGAUUACGACGAAAAGGACCUCUAUGCUUUAACUGUAAAAAAGGUUAAAAAAGACUAG